UUUCAUGUCUGUUCAUGUUGCAAUGUUUACAUUUUUGUACGCAAGUCAGAACAGUUCAUUUGAGUUUGUUCAUGUUUCAACUUUGGUUUUCUGUCGGUUAUAUCUUUGCUUGUUCUGAGAGUGGUAUUGUUGGAGUAAAAGUCUAUCCCAGCAAAUGAUGGGGAGUGGAUCUCAAAUUGUCCACGAAGCAGGGACAUCCAUACCCCCCAAACCUGUAAUUCAGUCUGUGCAGGCAGAAAAAGAAUGUGCUGUUAAUAAUGAAGCAAAGGAUUUGGGAAAUAAACAGCUGGAUCCAUGCCCUUUGGAUCCUCAUAUUUCUACUUAUUCUGCAGGUCUCUCAAAGUCAAUUGGAAAACCCAGAAUGCCCAGUACAUUAGAGGAUUUUGAAGUCAUUGGAACCAUUGGAUCAGGAUCAUAUGGAACAUGCAAGAAAAUCAAGAGGAAGAGAGAUGGAAAGGUUCUGGUAUGGAAGGAGAUGGAGUAUGGCACCAUGACAGAAUCAGAGAAACAGAUGCUGGUGUCGGAGGUCAACUUACUCCGUGAACUGAAACACAAACACAUUGUUCGCUACUAUGACCGAAUCAUAGACCGCAGCAACACCACCAUCUACAUCAUCAUGGAAUACUGCGACGGAGGGGAUUUAUCAGUUCUUAUUUCAAGUUGUAGAAGAGAAGGAACUUAUCUGGAUGAAGAUUUUGUGUGGAAAAUGUUGAUACAAAUGACAUCUGCUCUGAAGGAGUGCCAUCGCAGGAAGAAUGGUAAAGCAGUGUUACACAGAGACCUAAAACCGGCCAACAUAUUUCUGGACUCGGACAAUAAUGUGAAACUCGGUGACUUUGGACUGGCUAGAGUUCUACAUCAUGAAACCAGCUUUGCCAAAACCUUUGUUGGAACCCCGUACUACAUGUCACCUGAGUUGGUCAACAACAUGUCCUAUAAUGAGAAAUCAGACAUUUGGUCCAUGGGUUGUAUGCUGUAUGAGAUGUGUGCCUUACAUCCCCCGUUUACGGCCAGUAACCAGCAGGACCUGAAUAAAAAGAUCUGUGUGGGGGACUACAAGAGGAUCCCCAGCCGAUACUCCGAAGAUCUCAACAGCAUCAUCUCCAAACUACUCUGUGUAGAGGUCAACAAGAGACCCAGCAUUGAGGCCGUCCUAGCAGAUCCUAUAGUUCUCCGAAGGAGUCUCAAACUGGACAGUGCUCGACGGAGCUCAGCGGGUAGUGCCGGGGCAGACUCAUUAUAUACAUGGGAGGAAGAACUGAAGAUUAAAGAGAGGAAACUGGAAAUGAAAGAAAAAGAAUUAAAAAGUCAAGAGCGAGAACUUGCUAUCAGGGAGAAAAUGAUUGAAGAUAAAUUAAAACGAAUUGAGUUACUAAGUAAAGAAUUCAGAAGAAAGAGUGACCUGUCUCGCGAAGUCUCCUCAUCAGGGGAUGGAGAUGACAUAGACUUGUUUGAUGGUUUGCAUCCAUGUUUGUCAAGAGGCAGGCGCGAUCCAGACUCUCCCAAGAAAAAAGUCUCGUUUGACAUGUACGGCAAGGAAAAUCUCCGUCGCCACGACAGAUACAAAGAUUACACUGUGGAUCAUCUCCUCACCAAAGAUUAUACCUCAAAGUAUUCAUCUGAUCUCAAAGACUAUCAUAAUCUGUAUGAAGUAGAACUUGCUAAGAGAAGGGAGCUAAAAGAUAGACUAUUUAGGGCAAAAUCCAAGGUGGCAGAUUUGCAUGAUUUGAAAAUUGAUUCUCACAUACGAAAUCGAAAUUUACUGUAUUUUAGGUAGUUAUUUAAUUUUUGCUAGGAUUUUUUUUUUUUUAAAGAAAUUUUUCAUUCUUUUUUUUCCAUACAUUUUUAUAGUAAUUUAUUGUUUUUGAGAAUGUCAUUGAUAUGACUAUCAAGCAGAAUAGUUUUUGAUUUCUUGGUAGUACAUGUAAUUUGCUAAAAUUUUGAUAUUUUUCUAAAUUUAUUUAUUAUACAUGUAUUGAUAUUUUGAUCCAUUAAUUAAGUAAUUAUCAUGAGAUCUUUAUCUCAUCAAUGAAUUUCCAUUUGAUUCUUUAUUUACAGCAAUUCCGCCCAUUUUCUGUGGCUCAUUUGCCAUUUUGAAAAACUACAUUCCUUCACAUUUAUAUUUAUUGUUUUGUCUUACACAUUUUUAUUUUAUUUGAAUUUUUUAAAAAAUAUUUGCACUUUACAGCAAACUUUUAAUCACAAAAAGUUGCUUCUCAUCCAUAUUUGUGACUAGGAAAAAUGACAUAAAUUAUGCUUGUUUGUAAAACAGGUAUUGUGCAAAUCUCAUGCAAAUGCUGAAAGUGAUGAAAAAUGUCAUUCAUAUGUAUUAAUUUAUUUAUUUCAUUGAUGUUUAAAUACAUGUUGACAUCUAACCAUAUAUCUAAGGUUGACACAACAUCAUUUACCAGUAUUUUAAAAUUUUUGCAAAUUGCAAACUAAAUGUGCUCAUAAAUAAUUUACAUUCAAAAAACAGUAGCUAUUGAGCUCUGUGAUAUAAUUUUAUAUUUUUUCAUUUGUUGUUUUGUUACUGAAUAAUAAAAUCAUAGACUUGAA